CUAAUAAAUUUUUUUUAUAAUAACUGAUCCUUUCCCGCGAUUUCAAGAAGAAUUAAAAUAAAUAUAUCCCCUUAAAAGUCUUUGAAAGAAAUACUGACCAACUAAAAGGAAAGCCUAUGUGUAGACUGUGAAGUGUUCCAUCAACCAAUAUGUCUACCAUAGAUAAGAUGAGCAUUCUUGGAAUCCGAAGUUUCGGUCCAGAGGAAAAGGAUAAACAGACGAUCCAUUUCUGCAAGCCUCUGACACUGAUACUUGGACCAAAUGGAACAGGGAAGACUACGAUUAUUGAGUGUUUGAAGUAUAUGACAACAGGUGUUAUGCCACCGGGAUGUACUAAAGGCGGAGCUUUUAUCCAUGAUCCAAAGGUUGCUCACGAGAGGGAGGUCAGAGGUCAAGUGCGACUACAGUUCCGUGAUAUAUCACACAAACCUGUUAUUGUACAAAGGUCAUUGACAGCCACACAAAAGGCAAAGAAAGUCGAAAUGAAGACUUUAGAUGGGGUAAUAACGAGGAUGAAUGCAGCUGGUGAAAAACAGAGCAUCAACUCAAAAUGUGCCGACCUUGACAGAGAGAUGAUUACCUCCCUUGGAGUAUCAAAGCCUGUUCUGGAGAAUGUGAUAUUUUGUCAUCAGGAAGAGGCUAACUGGCCACUCAGUGAAGGAAAACAGUUGAAAGAAAAGUUUGAUGCCAUAUUUGCUUCAACAAGAUAUGUGAAAGCUCUAGACAGCAUAAAGAAAACCAAGAAGGAACAGGAUGAUAAAUUGAAGAUGUUCAGAAAUGAUGUUCAGUAUCUGAAACAACAUAAAGAAAAGGCCCAUCAGCUGGAAUGUGAUUUAGCAGAACAAGAGGCAAAGUUAGAAGCAUCGAAAGAGUCUGUGAACAAAGUGAACAGUCAGCUUAAACCUAUAGAGGAAAAGAUGAACAAAAUAGAUGAGCAAUCAGCAGAAAUCUAUGGCAUCCAGAACAAAAUCACUCAGUAUGGCAGUGAGAAGAAACAGAUUGAGAAGCAUGCUGAGGAGCUUCAGGAACAAAUAGAAAAUGAAUUCCAAGGGUCUGACGAGGAGUUGAAGAGGAUGUUGUCAGAUUUUGAAGAUAAACUGAGGGAGAGAAAGAGAACAUUGCAAGAGUUUGAAGACAAGCAGAACAGUUUGAAUAAGCAAUCAGAGAGACUCGACAAAGAGAAAUCUACUAUUUUAGUAGAAGUUGGAAGGCUAGAGCAAGAGGCAGAGCGCCAAGAGGAAAAUAUAGCAAAGAGAGAUGACAUGAUAAAACAGUUUGCAGAUGAAUAUAGUUUUGAAGGUUUAACAGGAGCCAUAACUGAUGAGAAGUACAAACUGUUCUUAAAGAGCAUGCGUGAUAAACUCGAGGCCAUGGUAGAGGAAACAAGGCAAAAAAAGACUGACUUUGAAGAAGAGGAGAAGGUGAUACAGCAGAAGAUUGAUGAAUUAAGAGAUACCAAAACAAAGCUGGAACAGAAUGAGAAAAUAAAGAGGGAUAUGAUGAUGGACAACCGAGACAAGAUAAAGGAGAUCAACAGAAAGCUGAGUGCCAUAGAAGCUUCAGGUGGCAGACUGGAUCAGAUCAAGAGGGAACUCAAAAGACAUGAGCAUGAUCUUCAGACCCAGGAGUCCUCAGUCAACACUGAUGAACUUAAGCAAGAAAUAGCAGAAUUGUCUAAGGAAAAGUCAAGCAUGGAGGCAAAAAUAAGUGAACUGAACUCAGAGAUGAACAGACUUCACUUACAGUCGAGCGCCCAGGCUGAACUAGAUAUGCUGAAGAAAGAUAAAGUUUCAAAAGAAGAAAACAUCAGAAGGCUGAAAGCCAAACGUGAAGACACAGUCAAAUAUCUUCUGGGUCAUGCGCCAAGCAAAAAUAUUCGAGGUGAACUAGAAGAUUAUAUCAGUAACCAGAAUGAAGAUGUGAAGAAGUGUUCAGCUAAGAUGAAUCAGAUCAGAAACACAAUGUCAAAGAUGGAAACAGAGAGAAAAAUGAGCAUGGACCAACUCAAGAAAAAGGAGGCAGAACUCAAAGGUCUAGAAGAGAGGGUCUACAAUGUGUGUGGUAGUCAGAACUUUGAUGAAGGACUCUCAACAAUACAAGAAAAAAUGGAGAAAGUCAGAGAUCAGCGUGGGUCUUUGCUGGGAGCUCAACAUUUCUUCAAGAAGUAUGCCAAUGAUUUAGAGAAGGAUGACCCAUGUUGUCCGCUGUGUCACAGAGGUUUUGAUACACAACAAGAUGUCCGAGAACUCAUACUUGAGCUGAAGGAGAAGUUGCGUAUGGUACCAAGCAAGCUGAAGACAGCUGAUGAAGAAAUUGAUGAAUGUCAGGAAAAGUAUGAUGCUCUGUUGCAGCUGAAACCUCUCAAGGAAAAUAUGGAGAAACUUGACGAGACAGAGAUUCCCCAGCUGAAAUCUAGCUUGAAGAAAACACAGGAAGAAAUACAUAAACAGAAAGAGGAUCUCAGUAAUAUAGAGGAAGAAUUGAAGGUGAAGGAAGAUGACGAGUCCAUGGCCAAACAGAUACAGCCAGAUAUUGUCAUGAUGGACAGGUACUUCGGUGAUGUUUCCGAACUUGACAAGAAAAUUGCUACACAAGCUGCUAAACUGUCCGGGGGAGAUUCUGGACGAACACUACAGAUGGUCAUUGAUGAGAAAGAGGAUCUACAGGUCAGAGUGGAUUCAACUACAAGAAGUCUGGACCACAAGCGUCAGAAGUUGGCUGACCACUCAGAGCAGGUACAGAUUCUGAGAGCCACUAUAAACAGCUUGAAGGAGGAAAAGUUUGGCAUUGAGAGUGACCUGCAACAAAGGAUUAAACUGGAGGAAGACAAGGCAAACUUAGAAUCAGAAAAUACCAUGCAUGAACAGGAUAUAAAGGAUACAGCAGAAAAGCUAAGACCAUUGCAGAGCAAGAUGGACAGAUUAAAAUCAAAGAAAGAAGAGAUGAUAAAGGAGAAAGAUGAAAAGCUUGAAACUGCUAAAGCAGAGGUUGAGAUAGUGAAAGGGCAUGCAAGUCAGGUGAAAAACAUAAAUCAGGAUAUAAAAGGUUACAAUCAGUCUGGUAAAGCAAGCAGAUUGGAGGAAAGUCGUGAUAGGAAAGAAAAGAUAGAAAGCAAAAUGGUCUCCAUUGAAGAUGAUCUUAAAGAAGUGUCUGUUAACAUAGACAAAUUGAGGAAAGAUCUCUCUACACAAAAGGUUCGAGAACUUGAUCUUCAAAAUAAUCUGAACUUAAGGAAUAAACAGAAAGAAAUAGAGAAGAUCGGUAGAAAGAUUGCUGACCUGGAGAGUAAACUCGGGGGUAUAGAUGUGGCUCACUUAGAUCGUGAGCGUAGACAACUGCAACGUGAGAUGGAAAACUUAACAAAGGCGCGUCACACUGCUGAAGGUCGGCAAACAGAGUUGGAGAACCAGAUUAGAGCAAUUAAAAGGGAGUUACAGACAGAUAUGUACAAAGGAGCAGAAGAGAAGUAUCGAAAUAAGAUGAUAGAUUUAAGGACUACAGAGCUGGCUAACGGAGAUCUUGAGAAGUAUUACAAGGCGCUAGAUAAAGCCAUUAUGAAAUACCACAAUAUGAAGAUGGCGGAAAUCAACAAAAUUAUCAGAGAUCUGUGGAGGCAGACCUAUAGAGGACAAGACAUAGAGACUAUAGAGAUUCGGUCGGAUGAGGAUGAUUCUGCAACCAUGAAGACACGGAAGACGUAUAACUACCGUGUGGUGAUGAUAAAACCAGGAGAUGUUGUAAUAGACAUGAGAGGAAGAUGUAGUGCUGGACAGAAGGUUCUUGCUUCUCUGAUUAUACGUCUUGCCCUGGCUGAGACUUUCUGUUUGAACUGUGGUAUCUUGGCUCUAGACGAACCAACAACUAAUCUGGAUAGGGAAAAUAUUGAGAGUUUAGCUGGUGCACUGGUCGAGAUUAUUAAAGGUCGUAUUCACCAGAAAAAUUUCCAGCUUGUGAUUAUUACCCAUGAUGAAGACUUUGUGGAGUUGCUUGGUAGAUCAGAAUAUGUGGAUGAGUUCUUCAGAGUUGGGAAAAAUCAAUAUGGAUGUUCAAGGCUUACAAGGACAGGAGUUGCAGAACUUAGCAGAUGAGAUGGCUUUACCACAGUAUUAAAGCAAGGUGUAUAAAUACAGCUUACAAGUGGACCAUACAUUUUGUUUCUGAUAACAUGAACAGAAGUGUUUUACAGUUAAAAAAGUGAUUUGAUUGUUUGCACUGUGUAUAUAGCCUGAAAUGCCAUAAGAAGAUGUGUUCAUGUUAAAUAAUACUGUGCAUUUAUAUACUUUAUUCAAAAGUAAUUAUUGGAACUUAAAAAACAUAACGUAGAUAAAUGUUUGUUCACUUAAAGUAGAUGACCCGUAAUGACAGUGGGCAAUUUUCUUUCAAUUGACAAUUUUCCAGUUGCUAUUUUCUGCAUCAUUUGCAUAUUUUGAACAGUCAGUUUUCUGUUAUGGCUGAAGUAUGCUGAAAUAGCACAUGAUAAUUAGUAUGUCCAAAUUAAGGUGCUUAUACUAUUGGAAAAAGUAGACAUCGUUAAAUAUAUUAAAUGAGCCGUGCCAUGGGAAAACCAACAUAGUGGGUGUGCGACCAGCAUGG